AUGGCAUCCAAGAGAAGCGUCGCGGAAGAGAAGCGGAAGUUCAACCCGGACUGGACACAGAAUUACUUUUUCGUUGAAGAAGACGGCGAGCCGCUGUGUCUCGUGUGUAAAAGCGUUCUCUCUGUUUUGAAAGGAUAUAAUUUGAGGCGACAUUAUGAGACGAAGCAUUCACAGGAGCAAAGCCUAUCGGUUUCGGAAAGAUCAGUCCGACGUCAAGCACUGGAGGCUUCCCAGUGCUCGGAGCAGCAGCUUCAGACGGAAAAGGAUUCUGAGAAGGCCACGAACCGAGCGAGCUUCUUGAUAGCACAAAAAAUCGCAUCCAGUGGCCGGCCGUUCACAGAUGGAGUUUCCGUCAAAGAGUGCUCUCUGAUCAUCACAAAGAGUGUGUGUCCGGAAUCGUACGGGAAGUUCUCUGGAGUUGCCCUCUCAAGGAGAACCGUUUCCAGACGAAUCCGUGGGAUCGCGGAGAACCUUGAAGAGCAGCUCAUAGAGAAAUCAAGUUGCCUCGAAUGGUGGUCCAUUGCUAUGGAUGAAAGUACAGACAUGGUGGACACGGCCCAACUCCUGGUGUUUAUCCGCGCCGUGGACUCGAAUAUGGAAAUCAUUGAAGAACUCAUGCGAGCUCGAUUGAAUGGCUAG